UUCAGUUAAGCAAAACAUCUCUAAUUUAUAACCUUUUCUUAUUUUCAUUCUCUGAACAAAAAAAAUGCUCCGAAGAAAACCUUCCAAUGCAUCAGAGAAGGAACAAAAUCGAAAACCAAAGCUCUCUCUACAAAGAUCAAGCAGCUUCAAGCACUUUGAACGCUCAAAGCCUCCAUCAUCACCAUUGGUUACUGAACAAGAACUCAAUUUUAAUGAAAAUGUGGGAAUAACUGACACUAAGGAGCCUAACACAGAAGAAACCCCCAAAUCUGGAAACAGACUUGGAAAGAAAUGGCGAGCAGUUAUUUCACGAACUAUGAAUAGGAAAACUGGUCGAAUGAUGGUGAAAGCUUUGGCAGAAGACCGGAAUGAAAGUGGUGAAGAAAGCCCCAUGUCUCCAAUGACACCAGAUGAGCUUAUGUAUCUGCGACUUGGGGAUAGUACCUCACACUCACCCAGUGAAUCAGAAGAGAAUCUCAACAGUCCACUCAGCAGACAGGCUUCAAGCAGUGGAGAGCCUUGCACCCCAGACUCUGAAUUCUGCAACAGGGACAGUGUGCAAUUGGACAACCUGCCUCCUCCUUACCUUGGACCAUUCUGCGGUCGGGCCAGAGUCCAUACGGAUUUCACCCCAAGUCCAUAUGAUGUUGAGUCCUUAAAACUCAAGAAAGGAGAUAUCAUAGACAUUAUUGAGAAACCACCAGUAGGAACAUGGACUGGCAUGCUCAAAAACAAAGUAGGAUCCUUUAAAUUUAUCUACGUCAAUGUUCUACCAAAUGAAGUGGAACAACCUAGGAAAUCAAAGUUAUUCACCAAGAACAAACGGCCCAAACCAAAGACUCUGCAAGAAUUAUUAGACAGAAUUAAUCUACAGCAGGAGCAUACAUCCACUCUGCUGCUUAAUGGCUACCAGACUCUUGAUGACUUCAAAGAGCUGAAAGAGACACAUUUGAAUGAACUCAAUAUCCUAGACCCUGAGCAGAGAGCCAAAUUGCUGACAGCUGCUGAACUCCUCAUGGACUAUGACACAGGAAGUGAGACAGAAGAGCAAGGAGAGAACACUGAUGCACAACUCUCAAGCUCAGCUCCUCUGUGCGAUAUUCCACGGGAUUCAGGCUGCUAUGAAAGUUCAGAGAAUUUGGAGAACGUGCCGGAACAUUCUGAAUUAAGUACCACUGAGGAACAAACGCAGAACAUUUCUGAAGACUGAGCUAGAGCAGUCGAUUUGUUGUUUUUUUUAAAAAAAGGACCCCAAUGCUGACAUCUAGUGGCUUAAAAAUACAAAACAAUGUGGCUUUAACCAUAAGGCCUCUUUGCACCAAGCUAAUUAUUCGAGGAGAAUUUGUAAAGGAUUUGAAGAAUACUGCAGUUUCAAAGUCUGUUCUUGAAUGACAUUUAUCAUGAAUUUUCUUGGAUAUUUAGUUUUAGCAAUUUAUAGAAAGGAACAUUGGCCAUAGAAAUGGUCUGCAGGUUCAAGGAUCCAAAGAGGACUCCAUUCUAUUGGUUACAGAACUGAUGCCUAUAUGUCUGUCUUGUCAGGAGAUGGGGUGUCUGCACAUAUUUGCCAUUUAUUACAACUUUUGGCUUUAUUUUAUUAAUGCAUGCAGGUAGGAUAGAAUAGCAGAGAUAGUAGGGUCAUUUUUAUUUUUAAAAAGGCACACGCUAAUUGAGAUCUCCUAUUCACUCUCCAUAAAAUCAGGAAAUUGUGGGCAAGCUUCCCAUAAAGUUUUGUUGCCAAUGGCUAGCAGGUAAUAGCUGCCAGGAUACUGAUGUUGCUAUUUUGAUUUUUCUAUCCCCCGAAAGCUGUUGUUGCAUGAUUAAUAUAGAUUUAAUUAUGAUAACGAUCUUAUUAGUAGUGAAUGUGAUGGUUAGUCCAAAAUGAUGGGCUGUAAUUUUUUUUAAUAGGUUGAGUAUAUUUCAGGAAUGAAUUUUGCAUAUUUUUGAAAUUUAAUUAGAUUUUGCAGGAAGACUUUAUUCUCAU